UAAGGACAACUCCGUCAGAUCCAUUCUAUGAGCUGAUAGUGAUGCAUCGAAUACAAUACAACUCCAUUUUCACUCCUUAAAACGUGAAAAACAUUCUUCAUUUCUCCACUGGAGCAAUAACACAAACGUCUCAUCUACUUCAACCCUUUCACGGCGCAUACGCAACGCAAUCACCACCCUCUCCUGCACUGUUCGUCACCGUGGAUUCCGAUCCACACGAUUUGCGUGACAGUAAACAAUUGCACCCCUCAUGCUUCGCAGAUCCCUCUUUCUUCCCUUCAUCUUCCACUUGUUGUUAUUGUUCCGGUAUGCGGAUCCUGCUCCGAAUUGCACUCGGGAUAGCUCCCUCGUCGAUUCGGAGUCCCAGUUCGAAAUGGUUCAGCACCAGCUUCGAGGAUCUCUCAAAAUCACCAACGAUUGCUCCUUUAGGGUUUCUCAAUUUGACUUGCUUCCCGGUUCCGACGUCCACUGGUGGGGUGCGCAGGGUACUGGUUUCGAUAAUCUCACCAAAGGAUUUAUUGUUUCCAACGACGGAUUGAACGGAACCUAUAAGAACUCCACCUUAGAUGUGCAUUUGCUGAGUAAUGUUACGUGGAGCAUGAUCGACGUCCUCACCGUCUGGGAUCGCACCGCCGCUUCUGAUUUCGGGCACGUCGUGCUUAGCAAGGACGCUCCGGCGAAGCCACCUCCGACGGUGUUCGACAAUUGUAAGGUUUUGUCGAAGAAUUUCAGGUUGAGGUGGAGUUUGAAUGUGUCUGAGGAUUCUCUUGAAAUUGGGUUGGAGGCUGCGAUUGGUAUCACCGAUUACAUGGCUUUUGGUUGGGCUAACCCCCGUGCUGAUGACUCUGAUCUCAUGAUUGGUGGCGAUGUUGCCGUCGCAGGGUUUAAGGAAGAUGGUGCACCCUUUGUGGAUGAUUUUUUCAUUACGAAGUAUAGUGAAUGUGUGAAAAAUGAUGAUGAAGUUGCUCAUGGGGUUUGUCCUGAUUCAGUUUAUGAAGGGCAUGAAGGGGUGGGUUUAGUAAACAGUUCAAUGUUGGUUUAUGGGCAUAGGAGCGAUGGGGUGUCCUUUGUUAGAUACAGAUGGCAUUUGACUAAGAAUCACGGGGCUGUAAAUUAUGGUCAUUUGGUUUUGAAUGUCUCGGAGCAUGUGAAUGACUGUAUUGGACCCUUGGAUGCUGAAGAUAAAGAAGAUCAAGGCGUCAUCAUUGCAGAUGGCAAUAAUCCGCUGGUGGUAUCUUCGGCUCCGGCAAUGCAUUACCCCAACCCUCCAAAUCCCGCAAAGGUUCUUUACAUCAACAAAAAGGAAGCUCCUGUUUUGAGAGUGGAAAGAGGGGUGCCAGUCAAGUUUUCCAUCCAAGCUGGGCAUGAUGUUGCACUUUAUAUUACUUCAGAUCCGCUUGGUGGAAAUGCAACGAUGAGGAAUCAGACUGAGACUAUUUAUGCUGGAGGUCCAGAGGCCCAUGGAGUUCAAGCCAGUCCUACAGAAUUAGUUUGGGCUCCUGACAGGAACACUCCUGAUAACAUCUACUACCAUUCAUUGUAUGACCAGAAAAUGGGUUGGAGGGUUGAGGUCGUUGAUGGGGGUUUAUCAGAUAUGUAUAAUAACAGUGUGAUUUUGGAUGAUCAACAGGUUACCUUCUUUUGGUCGUUGUCAAAGGAUUCCAUAUCUAUUGCAGCUCGUGGCGAGAAAAAAAGUGGUUAUCUUGCCAUAGGAUUUGGAAGUGGAAUGGUGAACAGCUAUGUGUAUGUGGGUUGGGUGGAUGAUACUGGUAUUGGACAGGUAAACACUUACUGGAUUGAUGGAAAAGACGCUUUAAGUCUGCAUCUUACGCGGGAGAAUUUGACACAUGUGAGGUGUAAAACAGAAAAUGGCAUCAUUACUUUGGAGUUUACGCGUCCCUUGGACCCAUCUUGUAGGUGGGAAAAGAGGGUAGAAUGUAAAAAUAUUAUUGAUCCCACAUCUCCACUCAAAGUUGUUUGGGCAAUGGGUGCUAAAUGGACUAAUGCUCAUCUUACUAACAGGAAUAUGCAUUCUAGUACGAGUAAUAGGCCCAUCCUUGUUCACCUGCUGCGUGGAUCAGCUGAGGCGGAGCAGGACUUGCUUCCGGUUUUAGCUGUGCAUGGAUUUAUGAUGUUUGUUGCUUGGGGUAUCCUGUUUCCUGGAGGAAUAUUGGCAGCCAGAUACUUAAAGCAUCUUAAGGGUGAUGGAUGGUACCGGAUUCAUGUUUAUUUGCAAUACUCGGGGUUAAUAAUUGUUCUACUUGCCCUUCUUUUUGCUGUGGCUGAGCUUAGGGGUUUUUAUGUCAGCUCGACACAUGUUAAAUUUGGAUUUACUACUAUAUUGUUGGCCUGUAUACAGCCAGUCAAUGCAUUCCUAAGGCCUCAAAAACCAGCAAAUGGGGAGCAGGCACCCUUCAAGAGGGUUAUUUGGGAAUAUUUUCACGCAAUUGUUGGUAGAUGUGCCAUUGUUGUUGGCAUUGCUGCACUUUUUACUGGUUUGAAGCAUCUAGGAGACAGAUACGAUGUGGAAAAUGUCCAUGGACUCAGUUGGGCUUUGGCAAUUUGGUUCUCAAUUGUUGCAUUGAUUGUUUUUUAUUUGGAAUACCAUGAAAGGCAGCGAAUAAGGCGGCAGAUACUUGAAAGAAGCAAUUGGGUGCUUGGUAACGUUGAGGACGAUGAUUCACUUGAUCUCUUGAGUCCAACAAGAACAACCGCAAAUAAAGAGUUACUACCUUCUUCUAGAAUGGAAGUUCAGUUAGAACCUUUGAACAGAUAAAGUUGAAGUUGCAUUCUUUAAGUUCUGAUACAAAGUUGCCAUUCUAGCCCACUUUUUGCAAAUUUUUUAUUUAAUGUGAGCCGGCAUUCUUCUUUGCUAGAAUGAGGCCUUUUCUGAGGUGAAAAGGGAGGGAAUUACUUUUCAAUAUCUUUUUUCAACAUAUGUUGCUUUCUAAUUUCUAGGAAGAGUAUCUUUCCUGCAGCAUAUAUUUCAUAUACUGAUACAUCUUCAACAGAUUAGGUUAUAUUGAUUCUUCACUCCAGUGACUACACUAUUUCUUUUACUACUUCGUUAAAAAGUAGAAGAAAUUGAACUUCACGAGGUGAAAAUUUUUAUGUUGAUCUUUGUAGGUUCUGUAUGGUUAGUUUGACAGUAUCAUAAUAGAUGAUUUCAGACAUCGAAUGCUAUAUGGCCAAAGGCAUUGUUGUAAAUUAUGAGAUUCAGAAAGUUAAUACAUUAUUUUUUCUUGUCCAUAAUG